AUGAAAUUCGGGCACAAGAAAGACGAGCCGGCCCCUCCAGAUCCGGUCUUCGAUGAAGAUGAAGAUCUCAGCGAAGUUUGGCCACAAGUUGUGCGACAGUAUGAGGAUACCACCAAAAGGAAGCUGGAUGCAAACACGACCUUCAACAGCUUCCAGCUACAGAUUGACGCCGAUAUAAGAGAGUCUUCGACGAAAAGCCAUCAAAACGCCAGAAUCGUUUUGAACAAUAUCGGGAAUUGUCUUGAACAGUUUGGUUGCAUGGUCGCACAAGUGGCGGGUGUGGUCUUCGGGCCCGCUGCGCAAUGCUGGAAUGCUAUCAGUUUCGUCGUUCAAGCAGCUCGGAGCAUUAACGGUAUGAUGGACGGGUUCGUCAUUCUGAUGGAACGCUCAUCGGCUUUUAUUCGUCGCCUGGUGAAUUUCAUGGAGCAGAAGGUCGGCGAAGGCGAGACCCACCUACCACGUGUUCUGCGAAGGCCAGCAUACAACAUUCUCUCUCAGUUCUUGGGCGUGCUUCGUUCUUCAUACAAGCUAGCUACCAGCAAGAAAGAGCGGUGGAACAAAUGGGCUGGAAUCGUUCUUUUCAACUCCGAUGAUGUGGCAGAAUCGCUCAAACUGAUGGAGGAUCAAAUUCAGGAGUUUACCAGAGCCGAGAUCGAUGAUAUACUGUUGGAUGUCAAAGGACUUGCAAGGCACCUUGUCGCAUCGGAUGAGGAGAGAGCUCGCUAUCAUGUUGAGAUAAACGACCAUUUUCAGACGGUAUACAAAGUCAGCGAUCAGAUUCUAAGCGUUACCCAGCAGAUGAAGACGACGCUCGACGGACGAGUUAGCAAGGAACAACAGAAAGAGAAUCUGCUCAAGAUAGCAAACAGCUUGGGUCUAAAGAACCCAGGGAAUUGGGAGACUUGGAGCAAGCGGCACAGCGAGCUCUGCAAAACACAUGUGGAAGGCACUGGGGGGUGGCUCAGUCGUGACGAGCCUGCGUUCAUCCAGUGGGCUGAUCUGGAUCAGCACGACAAAAAUCUGCUCUUUCUGAAGGCAGACUCUGGCUUCGGUAAAACACAUCUCUUCAACUACGUCAUUUCCUAUCUCGAGAAGAAAUGUCAAGUUUCGCGCGGACCAAAUCCGGCUUUCCUCGCGUACUAUUACUACGGAGACGACAAAGACGAUUCUCUCGAACGGUGCAUUGGAUCCAUCAUAUACCAAUUUGCAGACGCAGAUGUUGGAUAUGCUCAAGCAGUAGUAGAGCAAUGUGCGCGACUCGCAAGCAUUGCGCGAGCUGAAGAUCGAUGGAACAAGCUGGUUUGGGGAUUGCAGCGUGUCAUGAAAGGGACGUACUUCAUAUGCAUUGACGGCUUCGAUAGCCGUGGUCAACUGGGCACUGCAGAGAAGAUGAUAUCCGCUAUCGCAGGUCAAGCUUCCUCUUCAGUCAAGUCAAAUGGGGUCACUCUACGUCUCUUCGUAUCAGGAAACGAGGAUGCGCUUUCUGAGGUCUCACCAGCAAGCAAAAGUGUCGACCUUAUCCUUCUUGGGAAACGUAGAAGCUCUGAAGAAUCCAUGAGACGUGCAGGCAACGACUCAGACAUAGCUUCACACUUGCUGCCAAACGCGAGCGAUUUAAGAGCUGUCACAAGAGCUAGGAUUGAGGAGGUUUGCAAGAACAAACCCGGCCUGAAAGCUAUCCUUGAUGACUCGAACAUCGAGCUUCUGCUCGAAGGCAUCCGCGGAAACUAUAGGAAUCUGGAGGCCAAGAUCACGGAGAUCAACGCUUGCGACACGAAAGGGAAGGUCCAGGACGUUAUCAGUAAUACGGGCGCUGACAUGAACACCGUCCAAAGAAACAGGAUCAAGACUCUGGACGCUCUUCUGAAUUCACGUCAGGCUCGGGUGCUCAAUGGACUUCUUGUGUGGGUUGCAGGAUGCAUCUACCCACCAUCAAUCGAGCUGCUCAAGAGUGUUCUUUUCUUUACGAUUGGCGAGGAAUUUCUCCUCGCCGAUCAGAUCACUACUACGUACUCCCCUGUGCUCAUGAUUGACGAGGAGAAUAGAGUGAGAUUCAAGGACGGACUCAGGGAGAUCUUGUCGACGAGCGAUUCCUCAGGAACCGAAUCUGCACUCUCCCGGUUACGUGACGAAAAGAUCAGUGAAGGCGAAGUCAGCCUUUGUCAGCGGUUUAUAAAAAACGCAUGUGCGACAAUGGAUUACGACAGAUUCGGGUUCGAUAGUUUCUUUGAAGCCAUGGCACAAAAGGUACACAUUCACCUCGACGACGAAAACGCCCUGUGUGUUACCAUCAUCAACUUGUGCGUCGAUGCUUUGCUCGACAGUCGGAAAGACAAAAACCUCGAAGUAAUGCGCGAGUAUGCUUCGAUGUGGUUCUACGAGUACGUCAAGACCCUAGUCAAGGUGCUCGAUGAUUUCGAGCCGGGAAGGGAGUUCAUGACCAGUAUUGGAAGCAAGCUGAUUGACUUGCUUUACGAUUCCAACAUGAUCGAUACAUGGUUCACCAACAAGAAUUUGGUCACGAUGAAGUACGACUUCCUCUAUAAGGACGAGUUCAUCGACCCCUUGGUGACGCUGUUGCAGAAUUCGCAAGUGGCCAAAGGCUACGCGAAAAAUGAAGAGAAGAGUGAGUGGGUCAAGUCUGUAAUUUCAGACGCCGCGAGCAAAUACUCCGUUCUCGAGCGCAUCGCAGCGCGGCUAGCCACAAUAUCUAACCCAGACAGACCUUUUGAAGAAUGGAAUCCGCCUUCAAAUGCAGACGUCGAGGAGUACAUCUGCUGGGUAAAGGCGCACAAAAAUGUCGACAUCGAUAGCUCCACCUGGAAUUACCGUGUGGGAGCUACAUAUAUCGUCUUCCAACACUACAAGGAGGCCACUGUUGCGUUGAAAAAGGCGGAGCAACACUCUCCGACGAAUUGGGGACUGUUUUUCAAUCUGGCAAAGGCCCAUGAGAACCAAAAGGACUACCGUACGGCACUUGGUUACAUACAGAACUUCAAAUCGCUCAGCGAGAUGUUCCUUGAGACGGACGAUACGUACAAGGGGGCCUACUGGGAUACGCUCAAGAGGGAAGGAUACUGUUAUCGGGAGUGUCAUGACUACAACAUGGCCGUGCAAUCUUACCGGGAACUUUUGAACCAGAACAUCAGUGAAGCAUCCGGUGUGAGCUGGCUCCACUUUCACGCUCUUUUGGGACUCUUUAAAAUCUGGACCGAUACGAAGAGCUUCCAAUCUAUCAUUGAUCUCAUUCGCAGCUGGAACGAUGCGACAGCCAAGGGUCGUGGCUCGACUUACUGGUUGCGAAGAGCAUCACAACAAGAUGUACUCCAUCCAUACAUUAUUCUGGCUGCAAAGCAUGUUGGGACCGUGGAAGAGAUCAUCUCUCUGUACCAGGAGGCCAUCGAUUACAAGGCGCUAGAUCAAACUACUGUGGACGAGCCGGGAAUGGACAUGUCUACCGAAGCAACCAAAGAGUUGCAGUACUUCCAAGCUGUUCUCAAAUUCCAUGGGCGCAAGUCGCGUAAUGAUCAACAUCAGAGUAUACAAUGCUGGGAGGACAUAGUCCUGAAAUUUGACGAGGGUCCAGCAUUGUAUAGAACAGCACGUAAAGCGACCCGCAAGCUGGCUCCCACACUCCUCGACCUGGCAGUUGCGGAAGUUGUCGCAGUUUCUCCAAACCCUUCCGAAGGUUACCUUGGGCAACUGGAAAAGCUCGUCAAUUCGAACACGACGAUCAUCUGUUACCUUCGUCAAGGUCACUUCGACCCUGGCCUUUGUUUAGCCAGAUUUUACUGCGUCAAACAGAACCAUUGUCUAGCUUCCAAGCGGGUACAAACUCGACUUUGCAGUGUCUUUGACAAGUGGCCUGAAACUAUAGACGAUGCUUCGUUUACUAUGCGGUUCUCGAAGCUCGCUCCGACAUUAAAUGUCCUCGACAAAGAUGCUGAUGCCAUUGCAGCGUGGCAAGCGAUUGCGCCGUAUCAGCUAUCUCCAGCGACGGGGGCGGAGGCAGACGCAACAGGCACUGGAGAGCUCCAACAACCUCUCUCUGAAUCAUCCAACACGGAUGGUGUGCCAACAACCUCUGAUCAGAGUUCGGCAGACGGGCCAGCCGCAUCUACAUCGAUCCCCACCACGACUAAGGCGUACCUCACGGGAUACAGUUGUGAUGGAGCCUGCGGGACAGAAUGGACGGACAUAGUAUCUGACUGUUGGGUGUGCAAGCAUUGUCUUUGCGUCCAGUUUUGCCCAGGAUGUUACAGUAAACUUCUGAAUGACGACCUACACCUUCUCGUCUGUGAUAAGAACCACAAGAUGCUCUAUCUACCGCCAUUUGAUUGGGAGAAUUGGCGUACCAUACCCGCCGACAUGAUGACUUUGGACAAGCAGCUAGUCUCUCGCAAGGAAUGGGUAGACAAGAUUCGCAAGGAGUACAAAGUACAACAAGAAGAGAUUGACUUCCUCAAGAUGGAUAAGGCCAGGGAGCUGUGGGCUGCCGGCAUCAUCACAGUGCGACGGCGCAACAGGUUGCAGCGAGCGAAGACCUUUAGCGAGGUUGCUGGUGCGAUAGUGGCAUCUUCUGUUAUGAAAUAG